AUGGGUUGUUCAUCAACAAAAAAUCUUUCAUCAAUAAUUGGUGCUCCUUUGGAAAAACAUGAUCCUGUGUCAGGUCCAAUUAAUACAUCAUCUCCUCAUCGGGAAACACGUUUUAUUGAAAAUUGUAUCGUUAUCUGGCUCGUUGCUUCAUCAACAAUAACAGCGCAUAAAAAUAUAGCAGAAAAAUUACGUCAAGUUAUUAGUAUAUUGAAGAUAUUUAAUAAUCCUACCGAAUGUAUUACUUUUAUUGAAAAUAUUCGAGAGGAAAAAGUUUUCCUCAUUGUAUCACCAGAAAUGGAACAAGCUGUUCGAAGUGUUCAUUAUUUAUCGCAAUUAGAAAAGAUCUACAUUUUUUCUCUGUCUUUUCAAAAGAUGGAAACUAUCGACGAUCAGAUUAUACAAACGAAAAUCUUCUCGGAUAUUAAUGAUCUUUGUGAACAAAUUCAUCACGAUGUAAAAUUUUGUGAACUCGAUCUUAUCAAUAUAAUUGUUGUACCUGCAGAAAUUCAAUCGACUACUUUUUCAGCAAAACAAGUAGCAAUGUUUACCUGCAUACAAUUAGUUAAAAAGAUUGCACUUCGUAUUAAAUUCGAAAGUGAACAUAAAGAUGUAUUUCUUGAUUUUUGUCGACCUUAUUAUGUAUCAAAUGAAGAACAAAUGCAAUAUCUCGAAGAUUUUGAAAAUAAUUAUCGACCUAAAAAUGUGUUAUGGUGGAUUACAAAGCCAUGUUUCCUAUCAAAAAUACUUCAUCGUGUUUUACGUACUUAUGAAAUUGAUGUUAUAUAUAAAAUGGGUUUCAUUGUCAGACAUAUACAUACACAACUGACGCUUCUUCAUGAAAAUAUUUUUUCGUUAUUUACAGAUCGUUCAAUUGUCUAUCGAGGAAAGACAAUGCCCAAUGAUGAAUUUGAUAUAUUAAUAAAGAACAAUUGUGGUGGUAUUCUGUCCUUUUCCAAUUUCUUAACAGCUAGUAUCCAUAAGAAGGAUGCCAUGGAUUUUAUUCAACAACGAUUGAUAACACAUCCAAAAAUGGCAGCGAUUCUUUUUGAAAUAUGCCUUGAUUUGACAAUACGAAGUACAGCAAAUGUUUGUGCUAUAAUUAAUAACUUAAAUUCGAAUAUGAAAUCAGAAGAAGGAGAAAUUUGUUUUACUAUGGGAACAGUAUUUCGUAUUCAAUCAGUUGAACAAGUAAUAGACAAUCUAACAAAUAUGUGGAUCGUCAAAUUAACAUUUGUUGAUGAUAAUGAUCAACAAUUCUAUCGUCUCGUUGCACCUUUACGAACUAACGAUGUAGAUACUAAUCCACUUUCAUAUUUGGGUAAAUUACUUAUUGAAAUGGGAGCAAGUGAACGUGCCGAACAAUUCUAUCUCGAUUUACAAACAGAUCCGUCUGUAUUCAAUCAACCACGUCGUCUUGCACGUUUACAAAAUGGUCUCGGUCUUAUUUUUACAUAUAAAGGUGACCAUAUGAAAGCUCUUGAACAUUAUCAUAUCUCAUUGAAAACAACUUUAAGCUAUAUGUCACCGGAUCAUCCUGAUCUUGCAAGUAUUUACAAAUCAAUAGGAGAUAGCUAUCGAAAUACUCAUAAUUAUAUUCAAGCUCUAGCAAACUAUGAACAUAGUGCUCAAUUGUUAAAAGAUGAUCAACAUUCUAUCAUCGAUCUGAACGAUUGUAUUAUUAAAACGAAACAAUUACUUGAAUUUAACAAACAACAAUGUUAG